AUGUCUGGCCAGCCCGAAUCUUCGUCUUCUGGUGCCAGGAAGGCGUUGAAUGCAAAUGCCAAUGGCGCAACACCCGAAUACGAAUUACCAUGGGUCGAGAAAUACAGGCCGGUCUACCUUGACGAUGUGGUGGGCAAUUCGGAAACAAUCGAGCGACUCAAAAUCAUUGCAAAAGAUGGGAACAUGCCCCACGUAAUCAUAUCAGGAAUGCCAGGAAUUGGCAAAACUACCUCCAUUUUGUGCCUUGCCCGAACCCUACUAGGCGACGCGUACAAAGAGGCCGUCCUUGAACUGAAUGCUAGUGAUGAAAGAGGGAUCGAUGUUGUGAGGAAUAGGAUCAAAGGCUUUGCACAAAAGAAGGUGACGUUGCCUCCGGGCCGUCACAAGCUGGUGAUAUUGGAUGAAGCAGACAGCAUGACAUCGGGUGCACAGCAAGCCCUACGAAGAACGAUGGAGAUCUAUUCCAACACGACUCGAUUCGCAUUCGCCUGCAACCAAUCGAACAAGAUCAUUGAACCGUUGCAAUCAAGAUGCGCCAUCUUGAGAUAUUCGCGGCUUACCGACGCGCAAGUCGUUCAACGAUUGAUGCAGAUUGUCGAAGCAGAAAAGGUGCAAUACUCGGAAGACGGGCUGGCGGCCUUGGUAUUCAGCGCUGAGGGAGACAUGCGUCAGGCAAUCAAUAACCUACAAAGUACUUGGGCUGGAUUUGGAUUCGUCAGUGGUGACAACGUAUUCCGGGUCGUGGACAGCCCGCAUCCAGUCAAAGUGCAAGCAAUGAUUAAAGCUUGUUGGGAGGGCAAGAUUGAUAAUGCAGUGGAUACACUGCAGGAACUGUGGGAUCUGGGCUAUUCCUCACACGACAUCAUCAGCACCAUGUUCCGCGUGACUAAGACAAUCCCGACACUUUCAGAGCAUUCGAAGCUGGAAUUUAUCAAAGAGAUUGGCUUCACCCAUAUGCGAAUCCUGGAGGGAGUGCAAUCAUUUUUGCAGCUAAGCGGAUGUUUGGCGAAAUUAUGCAAAAUCAACAUGAAGCCGGAACUGUUUGAGGGAGCAUGA